AUGAAGAGAGAAGGACGCCAACACGGGAUGGUCAGAACCUGCAGAAUGUUGCCAUUUCCGUUCAAUCCAAGCCCUCACACAAGAUUCAUCAACCGCCUCGACUCACCACCCACCGCCGGAUUAUUCACUAAGGUCCGGCCACGACCCACUAACCACUCCAAGUUCACCGGAAAGUGUGGUAAGCCAAGGUGCAAUGAGUGCCAUAUGAACCCAUCUUCUAAGUCUAAAGACAAAACUAAAGGUACCCACAAAAUGAAGUCUGGUGAUGGUUUGUCUAUUUUUAAAUCCAUGUCUGCGUCUUCUGCUGCUGACGAAUUUGAUCACAUUGAUGACGUUAUUUAUUAUGAUCGUCUUGAGGCUGAAAUUGGUCGAAUUGUGGCUUGUUGGUCCUGUUGUUCGAGUUAUCGCGAUGAAGAAGAAGAAGAAGAUGGUGAUCUGAGUUAUCGUGAUGAAGUUGAAAUUGAUCGGAUUACGGAUUGUUUGGUGUUUGAUGAAGUUGCAAUUGAAUUAGAAGAUGAAGAUUGGUAUAUGGUUGCCAAAUUGUAG